AGGAUGACGGAAUAAUUGAGACUCCUUUUAUUCGAGUGACUCUAUUAUUCAGAAAGAUGUAGCGUUCUUUCGACAGUUUCGAUAUUCUGUUAGGUUGAUGCAUAUGAAAUAUCAUUUCCUCCAAAUUUGCUAUCAACGUAUUACAGAAAAAGAAAUUUACUAUAAAUCGUAUACGUAGAUAUAUUGAAUGUUAAGAAUCUUCAAAAUUUCUAAUAAAAAUAUAAGAAUCUAACGAUUAAUCAUCAACAGGUUCAUUCUACAAAUGUUUGACCUGUAGAAUUUUCACUUCUAAUUCUUAUAAAUCUGAAAUAAUGAAACCAAUUAUUAUUUAGGAAAAUGCAUUGAAUCACGUGGAAAGUUUUUGUUUUCGUUAAACGCAUCAUCUUUUAAAAAAAUUACGUUAAAAUUUUAUUUAGGAACAAAAAUUUCAUACGUAUCAACAUGGAAUUAUCCAACAAGUAUACGACGUUGUUUCAUUUUGAUAUAAACUGGUAAUUCUAGAAGACAUUUACAGGUAAAUCGAUGAAGAUUCACUGAAUGAAAAAUAUAGAAUAGUACGUUAAGAUUGUUGAAUGUCGAGCAACGAGUGCAGCCGGAGGAGCAACGUAGUAUUUAAGAAAAAUGCAAGAAUUCCAUGCAACUGUGGAUGGGAAGUGAGAUUCGGUUACGGUGUCGCGGUUACAUUGGCCAUCUUCGAGGCUAAACGUUUUUUCAUGUUGAUCCUGGAGAUAUUUGCCGAAUGGCAAAUCAUUCGAUUCGCAGGUGGUCUACGACCAGUCAUAUUUACGUUAAUAAACGUCAGCUUGGGUUUACCGACUGCUCUAAUUACUGUCCGCAGUAUACGAUCAAGAAAAGUACCACGCUGCUGCGCGGAAACAAGACGAACGCUAAAAUGCUUGUUAAUAGUGAUCGCGAUAUGCGCCAUAAUGAACGCGGCUACUCUGGUCUCCAUAGGAUAUCACAUGAACGUCAGGCAAGAAACGUUAAUCGACAUUUUCAACAAUUCGAUGCAAUUGUACGUGAGUGCAUCGUCUUACAAGUACGCGCUCGACGAGAUACAAUUCAUCUUUCAAUGCUGCGGCCAUUCCUCCUACACAGAUUGGUUUCUCUUUGACUGGCAGGUGAAUCCACCAUUCAAAAAUGUAGACUAUGCUUCGCGAGAUGAAAUGGCUGUGCAAAGUCCAGUAUCUGAUGAAGAAUAUAGAGACCGAAGUGUCCCGUUUAGCUGCUGUAAUUUACGUGCAAUGACACCGUGCGAACACACGGAGAUCUGGGAGACUGACGUGAAAACCAUAAAUACGAAUGGCUGCGUCGAAGUCGUUACACCUGUCAUCCUUAGGAUCGUUAUCGUCGCUUACGUUAUGACCAGCACGCUUGUAAUCAUUCAGAUCUUCUUAGCCUUCUUAAUUACAAAGAUCAUACGGAAACUUUUAUGCGGAACGUGUCUCACGUACCAUUUUCCAAAAACCUUCGCCAAUGAGUCCACCAGCGCAUCGUUAGAUGCUACAAGUUCGGAAGCAGAUGGACGAGGCCCCAGCACAUCCUCCUCAAACUGGGAACAGCAACCAAAAUCUACAAAGAAACGCCAUAAACGUAUACGAAGCAGCAAACGCAUGUCAUCAAACAAAAAUACUUAUCCAAGAAAUAAAAGCAACUCCAAAGACGAUUCUACUUCUUCAUCGCCAUUCGAUUCUUCGCGUGGGACCAAAUACUCCAGUCGUAUCUCUAGAAUCCUCGAUGCCGCUAGAAUCAGACCAAGUACCCACGAGGAGCACACGAUAUUCAAGAAACGAUUGCGCGACGAUGGAACGCGUUGA